AUGGAGGUAGUUAAUUGUUUGCAUUCACCCACGUCUGUGCCUGUUUGUUAUUCUCUCUCUCUCUCAGAUCACCACUUUCACACACAACACAAUAAUAAAAACACCACACUCAUUCGAUUCUGUUGCUGCUAUCAUGUAUGUUUGAAAACCCUAACCAAAUCUCUAUUGUGUAGCGAAUUCUAUUUCCGUGUGAGUGAACAAUGCCUCGCCAACCGCCGCCGUCACCGCCGUCGCAGCCGGGCGUUCUGGACCCCGAAAUCUGGCGAGUCUGCUCUGGAACCACUGUGGAGAUCCCCACGCUGCAUUCUAGGGUUUACUACUUCCCGCAGGGACACUUCGACGUGUAUCUUUCCGCCGCUGAACUUCCCGGCGGACCCGCCGGUGCAGAACCUCCUCGUCACCGACGUGCACGGCUUCGUCUGGGAGUUCCGCCACAUCUACCGCGGGACGCCGCGGCGGCACCUGCUGACCACCGGCUGGAGCACGUUCGUGAACAACAAGAAGCUCGUCGCCGGCGACGCCGUGGUUUUCAUGAAGAACUCCAGGGGAGGGUUGCUCGUCGGAAUUCGCCGCACCACGCGCUUCUCUCCUGGGAAGGGUGGCGAUGUCGGAACGAGGAUCAAGGUGGAUGAGGAGGAGGAAGAGGAAGAGGAGGUGAGAGAGGUUUUCUCGAGGGACGGGAGGGGGAAGCUGUCGGCGAAGGUGGUUGCGGAGGCGGCGGAACUGGCGGCGAGGAGCAUGCCGUUCGAGGUUGUUUAUUAUCCGAAAGGUGGGUGGUCGGAGUUUGUGGUGAAGACUGAGGCUGUGAAUGAAGCAAUGAGUGUUGAGUGGAGCCCCGGAAUGAAAGUGAAGAUCGCUACGGAGACAGAUGAUUCGUCCAGGGUGUCGUGGUGUCAGGGUACGGUUGGCAACUCAGGAAAAUGUGUGUCUAUUUCAUUUCAACUGUUUGGUGCAGUCAUUCACACAGAACGGCCUGUUGAAAAUGGUUUGCAAUACUGGUUGCACUUGCGCAGGAGAUGAAUGCCAAUGUCAAAGAGGCUCCACAGAUGAGGAUUCUUACUUGUGAAAGUAGCUGUACAGGUAGGUACUUCAAACAGGCUGGAGGCUGACCACCCUUUUGACCCACUAGUGUGCCGUUUUCUUUUUUUGUUUCAUGAAACUUGGAUCUAAACCAACUCCGUAAUAUUUGGGCCAAACAAAUUAUGCUAAUAUCUUACAAUUUAUGAUAUUUCUAAAUGCAGCUUCUUUUAUUUGGU